CACGGUAUGGCGUAUACGGUCGUUCUACUGAGAAACCAAGCUUAGACUCGCUGAAGUUAAUAGCUACUGCUUACUGCCUAGAGGCAAAAGUUUUGAACCAUCGAUCUGCCCAAUCUGGGUAAUGAAUGUUCGAAUUUGGAUUUAUUUCUUUAAGACCAUCAGUAAUUACAACAUUCCUGAGAACAACGGCAACGUUGGUUUUUGAGUUUUCCUGAGAUUUUGUAAUUAAAUUACAAAAAUGGAUUACCAAAAUCGUCCUGGCGGUAAAACUGGAGGUGGUGGCGUUGCAUCAUGGACUGAGACUAAUAAGGAUAGACGUGAACGUCUUAGACAAUUGGCUUUGGAAACUAUUGACCUACAGAAAGAUCCUUAUUUUAUGAAAAAUCAUUUAGGGUCCUAUGAAUGUAAACUUUGUCUGACUCUUCAUAAUAACGAGGGAAGUUAUUUGGCCCAUACACAAGGUAAAAAACAUCAAGCAAAUUUAGCACGCCGAGCAGCUAAAGAAGCUAAAGAUGCUCCACAACAACCAGCUCCUGAAAAACCAAGGGUAGAAACUAAAAAGUUUGUUAAGAUUGGACGACCUGGGUAUCGAGUUACAAAACAAAAGGACCCAGAAACGGGCCAACAGAGUUUACUUUUUCAAAUCGAUUAUCCUGAAAUUACUGAUAAUGUACGACCACGUCAUCGUUUUAUGUCUGCAUAUGAACAAAGAAUUGAGCCACCAGACAGGAAAUGGCAGUAUUUGUUGUUUGCUGCAGAACCUUACGAGACAAUUUCUUUUAAAGUACCAAGUCGUGAAGUGGAUAAAUCUGAAAUGAAGUUUUGGGCUCAUUGGAAUACCCAAGCAAAACAAUUUUAUUUACAAUUUGCUUACAAAGUUGAACAAAUGAAGCCACCACCUCCAAUGAAACCUCCUCCACCUUCUUUACCACCUCCACCACAACACAACAUGAUGCAUCAACCUGGUUCGAAUAUGAUGUCUCAUAUGUUCCCUCCUCCGCCUAUGUAUAAUCCUGGACCACCUCAAAUGAUGAAUAAUAUGAUACCUCCACCGCCUCAAUUGAUGGGUUAAUAACUUUAUGGAAGUAAAUAAUUGUACUGUUAUAGUUUUAAAUUUUUUUUUGUCAUAAUCUAAAAGACCAUAAAUAUUUUUCUUAACUAUAAAACGUACUUCAAAA